AUAAAAUAUGAGCAAACUUGAUAUCAAAUCUGAAAAGAUGGCUGAAGUCAUGAUACGCACUCUGAUCAAAGGAUGAAUGACCGAAUACAUCAAAAGAAUAGCCGAUCUCGAACGGAGAAUCGAAAAGCUAGAAGGUAAAAAUACGUUACAAAAGAACAAGCAAACUUCCUCCGUGCUAAACUAUAAAGGAGACACGAAGUUCAAGAGAGGGUUCACCUCCAUCGGCAAGGAAGAACAAUUAACUAGCAUGAAAUAGCCAAAAUUAUAUGAAGAAUGAGGAGGGAAGGAGCUCGAUGAACCCCUUGAAAACCAGAAUUGAUGUUGAUACAUACCUCAGCCCUGUGCGACUUCCAACUGAAAAGGUAGAAAUGUUGCUCAAAAACGAAGAGGUUCCUCAUUCAGUUGAAGAAAGUUAUUUUGCUGGAUCCAAAAGACUCCAAAAACUACCUAUAGCUCGCAAAUAACUCAAAUGUCAAGCCCAUGAAGGUUAAGUCAGGAGAAGCACUUAGCUCAAAGCAGAUAAAUCUAUCUCCAGAAGAUGCUGGGGACAUUGAGGAAGAGAAAGUAUUCAGUGAACUAAAAUCUCCUCCUGAAAAGCCAACCGAACUAGUCAAUAUCGAACCAAAGAGAAGUGCCACUAACAUUCCAAUUGAAAAGGAAGAGAUAAUGAUUAGCAAUAAGCCAAAAAUACUAGAAGGAUCAAAGAACAGGUUUGAUGGCAGCUCAGCCUCAGAUAGUGAUCCUGACACAUUCCAUUGCCAAUGAGCGUACGAUAACAGAACAGAAACUGUAUCCAAUGCCUUUCUUGAGCUCAAGCAGAGUAAAGAGCCUUGCUCAAAGUUCUGUAAAUAUCUCAGUCCUGAAGAGGAACAGAGAGUUAUCCUAAAAGCUACAGAUUCUAUAGAUGAAUUUUCCCAUUCUGGUGGAACUGAAGAUGACAAAUAUGCAGUCCCAGCCAAAUGGUGGCGAAGCUGGUGUAAAUAUAUAGAUGUCAGCCCAAAGUCAUUGGAGAAUCUGAAACUGAAGGUACAUAAAGGUCUCAAAUCUCCACGAAAAAUGACUCAGAAGCUUGGAGAAGACGAUGAUUUUGAAAUAAUAGACUUUGAUGAAUCUCCACCAAAGUACAGCCAAACUCGAAAGGCAUUUCAUCGAUCAAGCUCAUUAUCAAGUCCAAAUCAGGACGAAGAGAAUCCUCGAACCAGUAGGAGUACCAAGAGGAACCUCAUUUCCUUUGAAGUGCUGAAGUACAAGCCAGGGAAGAUCUUCAACCAUAAUCUGGUCUAUUUCGACAACAAUUCCAACCUCAAACUUAAGGAUGACCUAGUCGAAGAGAAGGAUUACUACCUCGUUGACUCAAAAACCUGGAAUUAUUUUCUUAAGUGGUACGGUUGCGACAUGGAAGCCAGAUUCAGAGAACCAUAUGAAUCGGAAGGUGAAUCUGCCGAUAACUCCCAAGACUCCGGCGAAAAUGAGGGAGAAUCUGACUCAAAUGAAGAAGAUAGUGGUAGAAAUUCCUCAGAUAGCCAGUCUCCAUUCCGACAUCAAGAUAGUGACGAUAAUGAAGAAAGCAUCAGUGGCAGUAAUUCUAACACUUCUUAAUAAUUCAGCAUCCUGACACAUAUAU